AUGCGAAAAAGAGCGUUUGUUUGGCUGUUCACCCUCGUCGCCAUUUGCUCGGCGAGCUCGUUCCCGUGCGGACCGAGCUUCGUUCCGUGCACACAAAGAAGGGCUUUUUCGACUUUAAUACGUGAGUUCUCUUUUCUAUUUUUCACUUUUGGGGCGGUGCGAAUUUCGAACAUUCCGCGGAAAGCGGUAGAGCGCGAUCGCAAGACUUCUGCUGAACUUGUCAUUCUGAAAAAAACGUUUCUCUGUGAUACGUGAUUUCGGCAGGCACCCUUCGAUCUUUCAUAUUUAAACGUACACUGCUUUCUCGCUCGAAACGAGAUUUAAUCAAGAAAUAAUAAUGACGCAAGACGCUGAUCCGAUCUCAUAUCCGCCGUCGAAUUGCAGACUCGCCAAACAAAGAAUUCAAAAAAGAUGGGAGAUUCGAGUUUCCGGAGGAGUUAGAAACGGAACCGUCCGAAAAAGUGAGGAAUGAGCUGAAGAAGUCGAUGAAACAAGAGAUUGUGGCAGAAGCCGCGUCCGAAGCCGUCCAGCUCACCGAACAACUUUUCAACGAAACGGAAAGAGAAAUGAGCGACAAGUUCGAUGGUGGGGAAAUCAGAUAAAUGAAUGAUGAGAAGAAAGACUUGCAGACACUUUCAAGCAGUCGGAACUCGCGUGGCUACAGUACACCUACGCGGACCAGUAUGCAAAGUAUCUCUCGUUCGCGGCCAUCUCAUCGAGUGUCGCCGCUCAGAAGAUUUCAGAGUUUGCAUUCCCCUUCGUCUCCUUUCAUCGCUUUCUUCUUUUCAGUAAAUCACCGAAAAAUGUGAAAGGAAAUGUGCACUUCCUACCGACCGAAGGCACCAAAAUGAAGGAGAUUUGUCCGGUGAAUCAGAUCGAAGAGUGCGAAAUCGGAAAGUACAGGUAGGCUGCGGACUCGGAAGGCAAUACGAAGAAAGUGAGCACUCAGAUCGUACACAGGACACUGUAACAACGUGAAGAAUCCUCUGAACGGGGCUGCGUACGAGAGACUCAAAAGAUUCCUUCCGGCUGAUUAUGCGGACGGUGAGUGAAAACUGGAGAAUCUCGCGGCAGAACCCCUGAUUUCCAGGUGUCUCCGCCCCGCGUGCCAGCCAAUCCGGGCUGCCACUGCCUUCUUCUCGAGCCCUCUCCUCCCUGUUCACCCCUGCUCCGUCCGGCCAUGCCACGUGCUCCCUUCUCAUCGCUCCGUUCCUUUCUUUCCUCUACGAUGACCUAGUUCACGCGCCGAGCAACCGAAUAUUCAAACGUAAGUGA